AGGCGGGGAGGAGAGCGGAGGAGGGAGCAAAUCACCGCCAGAGAGGAUAGAUUCAAACACAAACAAGUGGAUGGGCCCAGCACUGGACAGAGACUCCCCCGCCCAGACCUAGACACAGGCCGCACGCCGCCUCUUCCUUCAUCUCCGCCGACGUCGCCUUCCGGCCUACCCGUGCCUUUCUCCCGCCACACACAGCCCGGCUCAGCUAUGUCCCGAUCCAGCAGGCAGGAGGUGUACAAGUGCGGGGAUCUGAUCUUCGCCAAGAUGAAGGGAUACCCACACUGGCCGGCCCGGAUUGAUGAAGUCCUUGAGCCAGCUGCUAAGCCCACAUCUAUGAAAUACCAAGUGUUCUUCUUCGGCACACACGAAACAGCAUAUCUUGGUCCCAAAGACAUCGUCCUGUACGAAGAGACAAAAGCGAAGUAUGCAAAGGCAAACAAGAGGAAAGGGUUUACCGAGGGCCUCUGGGAAAUUGAGAAUAACCCAACAGUGAAAGCAUCUGGAUACCAGCCUACUUCCCGGAAGAAAGGAGCUAAAGCUGGAGCUAAAGGUUCUAAAGAUGGAGACAAGCCCACUCCAAAGAAGAGCUCUAAAGAUGAGAAAGAUGAGGAUGAUGAAGAUGCAGAUGAAGAUGCAGAUGAAGAGGAGGAAGAAGAGAAGGCAGAGGAUGACGAAGAGAAGAAAGGGAAUGCAGAUGGCAGCAGCGAUGAGGAGGGAAAACUAGUGAUUGAUGAGCAGUCCAAGGAGAAGGGAGGAAAUAAGAGGAAAGCCGAGGAUGCUGCAGAGAGUUCCCCCAAGAGGGUGAAACCAGACGAUGACCAGGAAGCGGAAAAGACGGACAGCAAGGAAUCGGCGACAGAAGCGGAAAAGAAGACGCCGGAGGCAGAUAAAAAAGAAGACAGCAGCGAGGCACCCAAGAUAGAGGAUUCUAAAGUAGAGGAAAAGGCAGAGGAGAAGGUUGUAGAAAAAGAAAAAGAAAAACCUAGUGAACAAAAGGCAAGUUAAAAUGAUUUUCCCUCUUCACGACUGGGCAGGAUCCUGACAACCUUUUCCUAUAUUGGGAGACGUGGGUGCUUUUAAAGAGGAAAAAAUACUUUAAAAAAAAAAAUUUAAAUAGAAAA